AUGGCACGCAGGGUACUCGCAGCGCUAUGCGCCGCGCUCCUGAUCGUGGCGGUGGCAGGCGAUGAGCCCGCCAGCGAUAUCACGCUCAAGGACGUCACCGUCAGCCUGCUGGAGGCCAGCGGCACCCCCGCCUCCGUGCAGCAGAUGGCGGGCCCCAGCACCGGGCGGUUGGGAGCACUGGAUCACACCCGCACCAUGAAGGUCAGCCUGGCCACGGCGCUGGCCUCCGCCCCGGAUGAAGACUUCCGGCCGCAGCAGGUGUUUUUGCGUCUGACCAGCCGUGUCAGCGGCGGCGCUGCCUACUUUGCGGCGGUCAAGGCCAAGGAUGGUACGCUGUAUGCCACCGCCAAGUCGGCAGACAUCCAGAAGCAGGUUGGGCUGCAGAGUGGCGCGUACGAUGCCACACUGCUGGUUGGCGACACGCGGUCGGCUCAGCCGGUGCAGUGGUCGCUGGGCGAGGUGCAGGUGCUGCACCCGCCCCUGGAUGACGGCUCGCAGCCCGAAGGCGCCGCCUACAGGGCCAUGGACCGCCUCUUCACGCCCCUGCCCGAGAUCCUGCACAUGCACCGCAAGCCGGAGCGCCGUGCCCCCGCCAUUGUGUCCCUGGUCUUUACCCUGCUGGCGGCGGCCCCUGUGGUGCUCUACGUCGGCGUCGCCCUGCAGCUGGGCGGAAACCUCAAGGGCUUUCCCAGCGGCGCUGGCUUCCUCGCCGCCGCGGGCUUCCACCUGGGCCUUCUGGCCAUCCUGGCCCUCUACCUGCUCUUCUGGAUCCAGCUCAACCUCAUGCAGGCAGGCUGGGGAGGCUGCUGCCUACCCUACCAGUGCUGGUGGUGCUGGCGGCUGUGA